CCAGCGCGCCGCCGGAGGAAGCGCAGCGCGGUCCGCUCGGGUCGGGUCCGGCUGGGCUAUGGAGCCGUUGCCUGAGCUCGCGCCCCGGCUCGGGCCUCGCUGUCUUCUGCUUCUUCCCCUGCUGCUGCUACAGCCGGCACCGGAGCUGGGCCCGAGCCAGGCCCAAGCCGAGGAGACCGACUGGGUUCGCUUGCCCAGCAAAUGCGAAGUGUGUAAAUAUGUCGCUGUGGAGCUGAAGUCAGCCUUUGAGGAAACUGGCAAGACCAAGGAGGUGAUUGACACUGGCUAUGGCAUCCUGGACCGGAAGGCCUCCGGAGUCAAAUACACCAAGUCCAUUUCAGAGCCCCCAGACCAGAUGACCUAUCUUCCUUCCAGCUCUGACUUCCCGUUGGGGGGAACUCAGGCCCUCUCGUGCUGCUGUCUCGGCAGGGACUUACGGUUAAUCGAAGUCACCGAGACCAUUUGCAAGAGGCUCCUGGACUAUAGCCUGCACAAGGAGAGGACCGGCAGCAACCGGUUUGCCAAGGGCAUGUCAGAGACCUUUGAGACGCUGCACAACCUGGUGCACAAAGGGGUCAAGGUGGUGAUGGACAUCCCCUACGAGCUGUGGAACGAGACCUCUGCAGAAGUGGCUGACCUCAAGAAGCAGUGCGACGUGCUGGUGGAAGAGUUCGAGGAGGUGAUCGAGGACUGGUACAGAAACCACCAGGAGGAGGACCUGACUCAGUUCCUCUGCGCCAACCACGUGCUGAAGGGCAAGGACACCAGUUGCCUGGCAGAGCAGUGGUCUGGCAAGAAGGGGGACACAGCCGCCUUGGGAGGGAAGAAGUCCAAGAAGAAGAGCAGCAGGACCAAGGCUUCAGGCAGCAGCAGCAAACAGAGGAAGGAGCUAGGGGGCCUCGAAGGAGACCCCAGCCCCGAGGAGGAUGGGGGCAUCCAGAAGGCAUCCCCCCUCACACACAGCCCCCCUGAUGAGCUUUGAGCCUAACCCAGUGCCCCUGUCCCAAGAGCCCUGACCUGGAAGCUGAAGAGUCCGGGGCAUGGCUCCAGCAGGCAAAGACGGCUCUCCUGGGCUCGGGGCCUCCCCGCCUCCGCUGUGCCCUCCUCCUGACAGGGGCGACAUGAGCCUGGGCAGGACUCAGAUCAGCUGUGGUCAGCCCGCGCUGGCCUUACCCUCUGCCGAGCGUGUCUCUCCUGACCCAGGCUUCAGACAGGCCAUGCGAUUUCAGGACUGCCGAGGACGCCGGUGUGAACUCAGGAGGGGCAGGUGGCGGAGCUGGGCCCCAGGACUGGAGCCCUCCAAGCCGUGGGGAAGGCGUGCCCGGCCUUCACCUCCCCCGACUCCUCCCUGACAGGGAAGCAAGACUGCAGGUCCUCAGCUCCUCCUCUCUGCUCAUCCCCUCCUGUGGACACCUUGCACUCUGCCUGGCCCUCCCCAGGGCUCACAGAGUAAAAACCUUUUGGCCUUUUUUGCUCUGAUUUCUGAGUCCCCUUCAGCUCCUCAGAGGGGCCUGGAGUGCCUUGGUGCUCUUCCCUGCCCUUUACCUUCCAGCCUUGGGGGCUGAGGCUGGGGAUGCUGUCUCGUCCUCCCUGAGCCCGGACCUGCCAGCUGUGGGGAACAGCGAGUGCAGGGAGGGCCCAGGUUGUUUGGGGUGAGGGGUGGUCAUGGGCAUGGUAUGAGGCCCACAUGGUGCUCUGGCCUUGACCCCUCAGCUGCCCUGGGUCGGAGCUCCCCAGGCUGGGAGGGGCUUCACUUGUGCCCUGGGCACCUGGCUGCCCUCAUUCCCUCCCUCCUUCCUGCCUCUCUUCUCUCCCCCAAGGCCUUCCCCUUUGUUGUGUAAGAUGUUUACUGGUGACCCCACCUGCUCCCACCCCUCCUUCCCACCCCCAUCCAGGCCCUGCCUAUUGGUCUUGAACCUUGUUCCCUGAUGACCAUACCUGGUCACUCUGCUCUUCCUAGCUCUUGUGCCUGGAGUCCAGAGGGGAGGACACCCUGGUCCCCCAACAACAGCUGGUUACACCAUGUUCCAUGGGAGCAGGGGAGGAACAGGAAGGCUGGCCUCUGGGGAGAAGGGGUGGGAGGCUGAGGCACCUCCCAGUCUGUGCUGAGGGCGGAGAUCAGAGUGGUCAACAGCAAUGGUGACACAACUGCUUGUGUUCACAGUGCUUUAACCUCACAACACACUGUGAGGGGAGGUGCUGUUAGCCCCAUUCUGGAGGAGAGGAAACAGGUGACGUGCUCAAAGUCCUACUCUAAGUGUACAGCUGGCACCCAGACUCUGGUUUUGGGACUCAAGGCCAUUGUGUUUCCACUGCCCCACAGCUGCCAGGGCCCCUUCCCCUAGCACCUGGCACUGUGAUUCUUAUUGACCAGGUUUGGUUUCUUGGCCUUAACCCACGCCCACCAACAAGCCUCUUUUAAAAGGAAAAUAGGAAGCAGCUACUGCUUGGAAGGAGAGAAUGGUGGAAGGUCCCACCAGUGCUGUUCCCCCCACCAGGUCCCCUGUGAGCAUCCACGCUGAGACCCCCUCACACUUACGGGCUGGCCCCUUGGGUGGGAGGGGAUGCACUGCCGAAGUGCCCCAGACUCCAGCUUCUGCUAAAGAGGCUCUGGGGCCUGCACUGGGGCUGAGGGGCCCCUUCAUAGCCUGGGCUUAGCCCCCUAUUCCCCUCCCCCAAGUUGGGGCAGUGAAGGCCAUAGAAAGUGGAGCAAACUGGAAGCUUUAUUCCUCCAGCUGGUGGGGCUUAGAACAGAUCCUUGGAGGGGGCCUGGCCCUGUGGCGUAGUGGUUAGGUUCAGCGCACUCCGCUUCAGUGGCCUGAGUUUGUGGGUUCGGAUCCUGGGCAUGGACCUACACCACUUGACAGCCACACUGUGGCGGUGUCCCACAUACAAGGUAGAGUAAGAUUGGCACAGAUGUUAGCCCAGCGCAAAUCUUCCUCAGCAAAAAGAAGAAAAAAAACCAGGUCCUUGGAGGGUGAAAUUUUUUUGGCUAGCCUCCCAUCUCACCAUCUCCAAGACUGAUCCUGCCCUCUGUUGAAGGGGCCAUGGGCAGUGAGAUUCCAGCCUAGAUUCAGGUCCCAUCCUGGACUUGGUUCAGGGGCUGAAACCCAGGGCUGGGGAACCGCUUGCAGCCCCCUGGAUUGUCUAGGAUUUGGUGGUCAGCCUCUGAUUCCUACUUCUUCCUGAAUUCCGUCGCUGAUGUUACCACAGCACUUAAGUACCUGGCAUACGUCUGUCUCCAGAGCUCAUUGUCCUUAGAGGAGGAUGAGGCAAAGACCUAUCCCUCACCUGGGUGUUGGCCCAGGGCCCAGUGCCGGGCCUGGUCCUGGACCGGAGGGCACAUAGUGCUCUGACUGCUUUGCUCUUUGACUUGUGGCUGCUGCAUGAUGAAUGGCCUCUCCCUCCGCCUGCCGCCCCCGCAAGGGCCAGGCGUGUUGCACACUGUUAGCUCUCUACACACCCACCUACAGCAGCAGGCAGCUUCUCCCCCUGCCCAGCCUAGGAAAGGCAGAAGGCAGGAGCCGGGUUCCCAGGUUUUUCUAAAUGUUCACAGCAAGCCCUGCAUCACUUUAAUUCACAAGCAUGAGCAAAAUUCCUCUCUUUUUUUGAUCUUGAAAGAAAAAAACAUUUUUCGCGACAUGCUUGGUCCAUGCCUAACUGGUCUAUGGAAGGACUCUGUACUAAUCCCAGCAGCAGAGCCAGCUGAAUCUCUUGAACAUCACAUGAUGGCCUAGUUUGCUCCAUUAAGGAGUUUCACUGGUAUAACAAUAUUAGCCACUAUUUUUCGAAUGCUUGCUAUGUGGCAAGCAGAGUUCUACCUGCUUUACAUAAUUAACUCAUUUAAUACAGCUGUGAUCACAAAGCCAUGGAUUUUGAAAAACUGCAUUGAAGUAAAAUACACAUACAGAAAAGCGCACGUAAGUGUACAGCGCAAUGAACUUUUACAAACUGAACACCUGUCACCAGCACCCAGGUCAUGAAACAUUAUUACCAUCCCCCCUGAAACACCCCUCCACACACCCCCAAAAGAAUAGGGAUUUUCAUCUAUUUAGUGUUGAAUCCCCAGCACCUAGUACAGUGCCUGGCACAGAGUAGCUGUUCAACAAAUAUCAGAUGAAUGAAUGAAGCACAGAAAGGUGAAAUAACGUGCCCAAGGUCACACAGUUCUUAAGUGGCCCAACCAAGUGAUAAGCCCAGGUGGAAUGGCUUCGGUGCGCUGGGGCGUAGCCGUGAUGCCACAGUACCCGAUAGCUACAGCUUGUUGGCUUGUUCGCCAUCCUCCCCUUACAUGGCUCUCUCUUCUCGAAGGCAGACCAGCUGCUGUCCGCUAGUCUAUUUAGGUCUUCAGAGCUCCAUGUUGGGAAUGCAAUUAGGAGUGAGUUAACAUUCAUUUCUCCCUUUUCAAAGUUUAUAGUCGUGUACGGCUUAAAGCCAGCUUGACCCAUGCUGCCCUCAAGGGCUGGCUUCUCUUUACGGUUUUCUUUCUUUAAAAUUGUACUCUACAUCUAUGAGGGUUGUACAAGCCAACAGAAUUUAAACCUCCAUUAAAAUGAUUGUGAUUCUGUAGAGGGAGGUGUGGCUGCACAUUGAGAGGGGAGAGAAGCAGGCUGACCCCAUCACCAGCUCCAGGGCUGGCGACACUUCCUAUCACCACCAAACCCCCCUAAAAUAUAAAAGGUUCCCUGCUAAAUGAGAAAACAAAACAAAAAAUAUACUCAAAAAACUAGAUGUUAUUUUAUCAGGAAUUACUCACCAAAGUGGUCUUGUGUUUUACUCUUCAUCUCAUCAAGAUGUGAUGGCAUGUGCUAAGUCACCCAUUUCAAUGAGCAACACUUAGCCUGUAACCAGGGCUCAGCUAGUGUAUCAUUUUUACAUGGAAAGACAGCUCAGUGAGCAGAUCAAUAUAUACUGACAAAAUCUUACUGGAAGUAAGCACACCUUAAAACUGCUUUUAACAAAGUGUGAAAUGGUCAAAGAGAACCUCCUCACACGUUGGUGGAAUUCUCAUAGGUGCACUAAGCUUAAUAGUAAUGUAGCCACCAUUAAUUAGUGUUACCAAACCCACAGAUACGGGACCAAUUUUAUGCUCACUUAACAGGAUUUUAAUAAAGCAGAUUGAGUCUUAUACGGUAUGUUAAAGAGACCAAAAGGGAUCCAUUGUGAUAAAUCUGCUAGCAGAGUCCCUGCAGGUGGGUGGCUUCAGCCCCUCCCACAGUGUUCCAGUGUUCAAUCUGGGUAGACGGAGUUGGCAAAGCAGAGUUUUCUUCAGCAGCUUGGACUGGAGUUUGGAAAUUGGCGUCUAUCCUCUGAAAAAUGAGUUUCUACGUGUUCUGAAUCAGAACAAAAACAGAAGGUCUUCCAUUUGUAGUUGCUGUAUAUACA